CCCCUUCCCUUCUCAAUUCUCAGCGCUUCGUAAAUCUGGAUUAGAAUCACAUAUCCACGAAUUAGCAGAACCCUCAAGAAGAAGAAGAAGAAGAAGAAGACAAUUACAUUUGAUCGGCUCAAAAUCAGGGAAAAAAACUGCUUCAAAACCUACACUACAUUAUCUUCUCCCGCGGAAGGAAAAUUUACAGCAACAUAGACGUCAUGGCGGAUGAUAAUUGCUCUACGGUAUCGCCGCCUGAUGAUGUCGCGAACUUUUCAGAUUCAUCCACUACCAAACAAAGGAAGAAGAGAAAGUGGGAUCAGCCCGCUGAAUCCUUGGUUUCAAUGGGCUUAGCUAUUCCAGGGAUUUUGCCUGUGGGUAAUAUGGCAUCACUUGCAGGGGCAUCUCUGUAUAGUCUUCCUUUAGUUUCUGGAUCUCCAAGUUUUCUAGCUCCCAACUCUGCUACCACACAGCAGGUGUUUCAAGCUCCUCUGGUACAGCAACUGACAACAGCUUUGAUUCCAAAGCAAAAAAUUCAAGAUGAGUUGAUAGCUCGAGAAAUUGUCAUAAAUGAUGCAGAACCAUUGGUCCGUUACAAGCUCACAAAACGUCAGGCUCAAGAAGAGAUCCAAAGGGGCACUGGUGCUGUGGUGAUAACUAGGGGCAAGUAUCGUCCUCCAAAUGCACCAAAUGAUGGUGAAAGGCCACUUUAUCUGCAUAUCUCUGCUGGGGCACACUUGGAAACAACUGUUGAUCGGAUUAAAGCUGUUGAUCGUGCAGCUUCCAUGGUGGAAGAAAUGCUUAAAAAUGGUUCUGCCGGAAGUGUUUCCACGCUUAAUCAGCCACUCAGUACAAGUGUGUACUUGGGCUUUGAAGCAGACCCAUCUUUGAAUAUAGCUGCAAGAAUUCGCGGACCAAAUGAUCAGUAUGUAAAUCACAUUACGAACGAAACAGGAGCAACUGUUGUAUUAAGAGGACGUGGGUCCGGAACAUUAGACGUCACUCUGGGAGAAGAAGGACAGCAGCCUCUGCAUUUAUUCCUUUCAAGUACCAAUCAGAAAAGUCUUGAAAGUGCCAAAUUUUUGGCAGAGAAUCUUUUGGCUACAAUCAGCCAAGAGUUUGGUGCAACCAGGCUUAAUAAUAUAGUCUCAUCAUCAAAUGUCUAUGGUGCUGUUCCUCCGCCACAGCAUCUGUUGCCUGGAGGUCUAAAUCCUAUUAAUCUGGUACCAUCAGUUGUCAGCUCAUUGUCGGUUGGUCCAAAUAGUGUGGUCCCUUCUCAGCCGCAUGUAGCUGGUUACCCCCAGCAUUCACUAACCGGUGGAACAAGCUAUGCUGGAUAUGGAGGAAUAUAUCCCCAAGCCACACCUUUACAGCAAGUUGCAUUGGCACUUAGACAGUCACCAUCUGUUGCCAGUUCAACAGUUACUAGUCCAGCACUUGUUGCGGCAAUGACUGGCCAGAAAAGUGAAAGCUCAUCAUCUGAGGAGAGACGUCCUCCACAGAAAAGGAAAUUCAAGGAAUUACCAUUGGCUUCAAAAGGGCUUGCAAACCUCCAUCAGCAGGUAGAACUGCAGAGAUCAUCAGAAUUCCUGAAGCCGAAGCCAAGCAGAGAUUUUGGGGUAAGAAAUAUUUCAACAAUGCCGCCGCCAAAAGAGUUGGGACUGCAAUCGAGUAAUGGAACAAUGGUUCCACCGCCUCCUAGAGCAAUGCGUCCACCGCCUCCUCCACCAAAGUUCAAUGCAUCACUACUGCAUAGUAAAAAAGUGCAAGAGCAUAACAAUGUCAUCCAUAAAACAAAACCCGAGACCACAACUGAUACUUUACUCAAGCUGGUCGAAUACGGGGAUGAAGAUGACGACGAAGAUGAUGAUCUUGACAAAUCCACUGAACUUUCUAAAAGUAACUCAAGCCAAAUGGUAUCUCCUAAACCGUUUUGGGCUAUCUGAGACUUAUGCAUGAAGAGGACACAGUUGGUUUGUUAAAUUAGCUUUUAGGCCAAUUGGUUUGAUCUCAGAAACUUAGUAGACCAUAGAUAUAUACCCUUAUUAUUGUUGUAAGGUUCAUUUUGUCCUUUUUAGGCAGCAGCACAAUUAGUCUAGAAAAUCCAUUACUUUCCAAUGAUGUGGUAUUAUUUGAUGAAAGCAUAUUCCAAUGGAUCAAUGAUCAGUUUUCUUGAGACAAUUACUUGCUUAAUAAUAAUAAGAUGUUCUAGUCUUCAUGGAUUUAA